AUGUCGGGAGACGCGCGUGCAAAGGACAACAAGUCCUCGCUUAGCCACCGCGCUCAGCAGAAGUUCAACGCCGGCAAGUACGAAGAAGCCGUCGAUGCUUUGGAAAAGCUCGUAGAGGAGAUCGACCCUCGUCAGGACCUCAAAGUGCGUCACAACGUGGCACUAGCUCGCUUCGCCGCUGGUCUAGACACACCCGACAAGCUGCAACAAGCGCUACGCCAAAACCUUCGUACGCAGCUACAAGAGCACGAUAAGAACAGCAAACCAGCCUCAGCUGCAACCGAUGGAGAGUCUGAGGGCACGGAAGACAGCGGCUCCUUCUCCAUUGAGAGGGAGACAGCUUACCUCCGCUACAACUACGCAGCGUCACUGUUCCUGACCAAGCAGUACGCACAAGCCAGCUCUGUUCUGGAAGCUGUGAUGCGCAAUGUGGACCCUAUCGAUGAAAAUGUAGCCAUGCACGCCAGUUUCCUGUACCUGGACGUCAUUUUACACAGUAGCAGAGGCUGCGUGAGCACAGAGAGGGAACGAGCCGCGACUAUCAAGAAAGCUCAAAGCAUUUUGGCGUUUUUGGAGAAGCCUCACCGGUUUAAUACCGUCCAGGAAGUGGCCGAGCAUCUGGUACUGCGAGAUGCUAAUGGGAAUGUGGUGGAGACGGAGACGCAGAAGAAAAAUCGAUGGGAUGUGACGGAGUUUCGCUUCCGACUGCAUUUGUAUCGCGCCAAGUUCAUGUUGCUGCAGAGCAAUCUCAAGACGGCGAAGAAGGAGGUCAAGUCGGCGCUGGAGAUCUUCCAGAAGGAGAUCAAGACGUACGACCGAGGGGAGGCUGCCACGUCGUCGUCUUCGCUGGCCAUGGAGUCGGAGAAGACGAGCUCAGCCAUUGGACAUCCGUGUCUGGUGGUGCAGAACUCGACGGCGCUGUUUUUGAAGGCCAAUCUGGAAUAUUUAAAGAAGAACUACAAGAAAUGUAUCAAGCUUCUUGCAUCGUGUACACAGGAGGCUGUGAGCGAGAGUGUUUUGUUGAAUAAUAUGGGCUGCAUCCACUACCAGAUGGGGCAGCGCAAGGCGGCACAGUCAUACUUUGCCAGAGCACUCCAAGCGACCACCAAGGCCACCAAGAUGGACGCCGUCGUCCUUGCGAGCUCGUCUCACCAUGAAAUCAUGUACAAUAAUGGACUGCACUUGCUGCUUCAAGGGGAGUACGCGCUGGCCUUCCGGUGCUUCCACGAGUCGUCGAGACUGUUCUUCAACCGCCCCAAGUUGUGGCUUCGACUGGGCGAGUGCUGUACUGCGGCGUUUGCCAAGGAGCAGAAGCUGGCGGUCGUGGCAGGGAACAAGAGCGGGCUGAUCCAGGGUAUUGUGGGCUCUGGCUCCCAUCGUCGCGUACUGCUGCCUACCAGUGUACCGUCUGCGGCGUCACAAGACAUCAAACUACCGGAGAAGAACGCCAAUGGCAACGGAACUCGCUCUGCGUCUACAGACGCCAACGACGCGGAUGGCUCACCGACGAUGAGUCUGCCGUUUGGUGCCAAGUGCUUCAAGAACGUCGUGUUGCUCUGCAAUCAGCUGCUGGAGUCCGGACAUGUGAAUGGCAACGCCGAUAGUGCUGGUGAAGGCGCAGAUAGUAAAGCUCUGGACUCGGAGGCGCUCGAUGUGCUGCGUCAGAAGGCACUGGUGAACCUGUCGUACGUCUACUUGUCCAUGUACGAGCCUCAGUUGGCUAUCACAAGUGCGAAGGAGUUGCUGGUGUUGCCCACGUGCUCCAAGGCCAACAGCUUCUUGGCGCGGUCUUACACUGCUGAAGCGCUUUGCAUGUUGUCAAGAGCAGCAGAGGCGACGGAAACACUGCAGUCCGAGCGGAACUUGAUCGCUAUGGCUGAAGAAUACGCGCGAGAGGCCAACAUCCAGUUGUCGCGUGCGAGAGCUGGUGUCCACGUGAACAACGCGACGUCGCUGCUGCUUCAAGGACGCAGCUCGGAAGCUGAAGAAAGUGUAACUCGAGCUGUGAGGGAGAACCCCAACUGCCGUGAAUCUCUGGAGCUGUUAGUCUACGUGCUGUUGAAGAAAGGAGACACCAAGAAGGCAGCUCGCGUGCUGAAGGAAGCGCAGGUGGUGCAGUAA